AUGACUCUCCUGGAAGUGUGCUCAAAACGCAUCAUCCUAGGUUGGUUGAGACGCUAUUACAAACAGUUCAGCAAGAAAAGUGUGGUCUCCAGUGCAGUCUAUUCCGCACCAAACAUACAAGGAGCAAUUCAUUGGCGAAGAAGUACGAUCACUUUGUGUGCGAUGAGCGAAGAAGAUCCACCGGCGAAUGUGGAAGAAGUGCACGGACAAGUGUUUGAGGUUGGACCACGCUACGUGAACCUUUCUUACAUUGGAGAAGGCGCCUAUGGAAUGGUUGCUUCCGCUCUGGACACGGUCACUCAGGAGAGGGUGGCUAUAAAGAAGAUCUCUCCUUUCGAACAUCAAACGUACUGUCAACGGACGUUGCGUGAAAUCAAAAUACUAACCAGAUUUAAACAUGAAAAUAUUAUUAACAUACAAGAUAUUAUUCGUUCCGAAUCGGUGGAGAAAAUGAAAGAUAUCUAUUUGGUGCAAUGUCUAAUGGAUACAGAUCUACACAAAUUACUGAAGACACAAACUAUAUCGAACGAUCACGUGUGCUUCUUCCUAUAUCAAAUUCUCCGCGGUCUCAAAUAUAUUCACUCGGCGAACGUAUUGCAUCGUGACAUGAAGCCUUCAAACUUGUUAUUAAAUGCGACCUGUGAUCUGAAGAUCUGCGACUUUGGACUGGCGCGGGUUAGUGAUCCUCGCACCGAUCACACUGGUUUUCUAACCGAAUACGUUGCAACUAGGUGGUAUCGGGCGCCAGAAGUGAUGCUGAAUUCCAAAGGAUAUACAAAGUCUAUGGAUGUGUGGUCUGUCGGUUGCAUAUUGGCGGAGAUGUUGAACAAUCGCCCGCUCUUCCCCGGCAAGCAUUAUCUUGAUCAGCUUAAUCUUAUUCUUUCCGUUAUUGGAUCUCCAACAGAGGAGGAUCUUAAAUGUAUUAUGAACGAAAAGGCUCGAUCGUAUUUAAUAUCGUUACCGCACAAACCUAAAGUGGAGUGGUCAAGUUUAUAUCCGGACGCUGAUCCGCGAUGUUUAGAUCUGCUCGACAAAAUGCUCACUUUCGACCCUAACAAGAGAGUCACUGUGGAAGAAGCGCUAGCUCACCCAUAUCUUUACGAGUACUAUGACCCAAAUGAAGAGCCGGUCUGCGAGGAACCACUUACCUACGAGAUGGAGUUAGACGAUCUGCCAAAGGAUGAGUUGAAGGAAUUGAUCUGGCUUGAGGCUGAAUUGCAUCAUGCUCGGAUACAGGCAGAAAACGCAAAGGAUGCCUCUGUGCAGUAG